AGUUUUAUUACAUAUUUAAAAGAACGACACUGGGUCCCCAGGAAGUGUGCGGUGUUCUGAUGGGUAACGAAUGUUCCCGAGUCUCAUCACCUCUUCAUAAUUGGACCGUUCCUCUUACUCCAUUCCCUAAACCUCCAGUUGAAAUCAUCAAAGAUCCACCACCAGGAGCACCUGUACUUAAAGUCUUGCACUUGUCUGACACUCAUUUGGAUCCUUAUUACCAAGAAGGUUCGAAUGCUGAUUGUAAGGAACUCAUGUGCUGUCGGCUGACAGAUGGUUGGGCUGCGACAAAGGCACAAGCAGCCGGGAAGUGGGGCGAUUAUAGAAACUGUGAUACUCCAUUGAGAACAUUAGAAAAUAUGCUCAAGAAUAUUGCCACCAAACACAAA